GCCUGCGGGCGGAGCGCGGACCCCACCCCUCCACCGGCUCCGGCCCUCGGGGUCUCGGAGGCCCCAGUCCUGACUCGCGGGUGGGACCUCAGCCCGGAGGCUCUCGACCAGGCCGACCCCGCCCUCUCUGCCGAGCCCUCUCGCGGCUCCUCCAUCCGGGGAGGCAGCCGGAGGGUUGGGCAGGACCGCAGUGCGCCAGGGGCGGCCGCGGCCCCCGCCUCGCGGCCUCAGUUUCCCUGGGCGUUUUCUGCGCAUCCCGGCCCGCCGGUCCUCCGCGGGCGCCGGGCACCUGGUCCCCGAGGGCUCAGUCUGCUCCUCCCCUCCUCCAGCGCGGCUUUGUCCCCUCCACCUACGGUUUGUGGCGCCCCCGGCACCAUGAUCUCAACCAAGGAGAAGAAUAAAAGCCCGAAGGACAGCAUGACGCUUCUGCCCUGCUUCUACUUCGUGGAGCUGCCCAUAGUGGCAUCCUCCAUCGUGUCCCUCUACUUCCUGGAGCUGACCGACCUCUUCAAGCCGGCUAAGGUGGGCUUCCAGUGCUACGACCGCACACUGUCCAUGCCCUACGUGGAGACAAGUGAAGAGCUCAUCCCACUGCUCAUGCUCCUCAGCUUGGCCUUUGCUGCGCCCGCAGCUUCAAUCAUGGUGGGCGAGGGCAUGCUGUACUGUCUACAGUCCCGGCUGUGGGGCCGCAGCGGGGGCCUGGGCGGGCCCGAGGGCAGCAUCCACGCCGGUGGCUGCAACUUCAACUCCUUCCUUCGGCGGACAGUGCGCUUUGUAGGUGUCCACGUGUUUGGCCUGUGUGCCACGGCCCUGGUGACCGACGUGAUCCAGCUGGCCACAGGCUAUCACGCACCCUUCUUCCUGACUGUCUGCAAACCCAACUACACCCUGCUGGGCACGUCGUGUGAGGCCAAUCCCUACAUCACACAGGAUAUAUGCUCUGGCCACGACACCCAUGCCAUCCUGUCUGCCCGGAAGACCUUCCCAUCCCAGCAUGCCACUCUGUCUGCCUUUGCUGCUGUCUAUGUGUCGAUGUACUUCAACUCUGUCAUCUCAGACACCACCAAGCUGCUGAAGCCCAUCCUGGUGUUCUCCUUCGCCAUUGCAGCAGGCGUCUGCGGCCUCACUCAGAUCACGCAGUACCGCAGCCACCCGGUGGACGUCUACGCAGGCUUCCUCAUUGGGGCCGGCAUAGCAGCCUACCUGGCCUGCCAUGCAGUGGGCAACUUCCAGGCCCCACCGGCAGAGAGACCAGUGGCCCCGGUGCCAACUAAGGACGCACUAAGGGCCCUGACCCAGCGGGGUCACGACUCGGUGUACCAGCAGAACAAGUCUGUGAGCACUGAUGAGCUAGGUCCGCCCAGCCGGCUGGAGGGUAUGCCCCGGCCCGUGGCCCGCGACAAGACCUCACUGGGCAGCCUAAAGCGGGCCAGUGUGGAUGUGGACCUGCUUGCUCCGCGCAGCCCCAUGGGCAAGGAGAACAUGGUGACCUUCAGCCACACACUGCCCCGUGUUAGCACGCCCUCGCUAGACGACCCCGCCCGCCGCCACAUGACCAUCCACGUUCCACUGGACGCUUCCCGCUCCAAGCAGCUCAUUAGUGAAUGGAAGCAGAAGUCGCUGGAGGGCCGAGGCCUGGGGCUACCAGAUGAGGGUAGCCCUGCACACCUGCGGGCACCCGCAGAGCCCAUGGCUGAGGAGGAAGAGGAGGAGGAGGAAGAGGAGGAGGAGGAGGAGGGGGAGGAAGGGGGUCCAGCACCUCCCUCACUGUACCCCACAGUCCAGGCUCGGCCAGGGCUUGGGCCACGUGUCAUCCUGCCGCCUCGGGCUGGACCGCAACCUCUGGUUCACAUCCCUGAGGAGGGGGCCCAGGCAGCAGCUGGCCUGUCCCCCAAUAGCAGUGCAGCUGUACGGGCCAAGUGGCUCAUGAUGGCUGAGAAGAGUGGAGCCGCAGUGGCCACGGCCUCAGCCCAGCCCCGCAUGGCCAACCCGCCCCGGCUGCUGCAGGUCAUUGCCAUGUCCAAGGCUCCAGGUGCACCUGGCCCCAAGGCAGCCGAGACGGCUUCCUCAUCCAGUGCCAGCUCUGACUCCUCCCAGUACAGGUCACCCUCUGACCGCGACUCUGCCAGCAUCGUCACCAUCGAUGCACAUGCACCCCACCACCCUGUGGUCCACCUGUCCGCGGGUAAUGGGCCCUGGGAGUGGAAGGCGGCAGGAGUCGGGGCCAAGGGGGUGGAGGGAGAGGGUGGCUAUGAGCUGGGAGACCUGGCCCGCAGCUUCCGCGGUGGGGCCAAGCCCCCGGGCAUCUCCCCAGGCUCAUCAGUCAGCGACGUGGACCAGGAGGAGCCACGGUUUGGGGCCGUGGCCACUGUCAACCUGGCCACGGGUGAGGGGCUGCCCCCACUGGGCGCAGUCGAUGGUGUGCUGGGACCAGGCAGCCGGGAGUCGACGCUGCGGCGCAAAGCAGGCCCAGCGCUUGGUGAUCGGGAAGCAGCAGAGGCCGAGGCUGAGAGCUACUACCGGAAGAUGCAGGCUGCACGCAGGUUCAAGGACUGAGGGUGGGGGUGGGGCAGAGGGGUGGGUCCUGGUAGACAAUAAAAGGCGAUCCUGGAUAAGAGCUCAUAGUCUUGAGUCUUUUUGGAGGACUGGGUGUAGGGGUGCGGCCGAAGCCCCCACACGAAGGGUAACAUGCCCGAGUUUACAGAAGAGGAAACAGCAGUGAAACCAACAGGCCCAAUAAAGAGGGGAAUCAAGUGCAGGAUACAGAGAGUUUAUUCAGAGUCCAGUACAGACUGGCCAGACCGCCUUCUACAUGUGGACAGGAAAAAAGAGCCUACAGAAAAGGUAGGAGUUGUUAUAAAAUCGCUUUAAUUCAGUUUUCUCUGCAUUACAAGCCGGCAGCGGGCGGGGCCUGCCGUGCUCCUUACAAUACUGAGCCUGUAAUUGCUGUUAUCAAAAUAUACAUCUGUGUCACCAUAAAAAACCGCAUUUGCUGCCCCUCAUGUCUUACAACAGGUAUAAAAAAUUAUAAAUAUUUACACCCUUGUUCCACCCCAACAUGGAAACUUGAGGCUCAGGCCCCGAGUGAGGGCCGGCCAGCAGAGGCCUGCGUGCGGGGCACCCCUUGGACCCGUGAGUGCAGGACAAGGCAUGAAGACCAGAGGGGAGGACUGUUGCCUCACCUCCUGGGGUCCCAGCAUUAGAGGCAGGAAAAAAAA